CGUUCGAGAUCGCUGAUGCAUAUAUUUUCAUGGGAAUCCCCCAUGGAUCUUCUGAAGAGGGGAUGAAGCAGGAUUUAGAUGUGAUAUAAAGCUGAUUCGGACCAACGAGGAUUCAGUUUCCAUCUGUUUUCGUCAUGUUGCGACCAACGUAUAUUGUGUUGAUUUUCGUCGUUUUUGCCUGCGUUUGCGGGAUAUUAUCGGUCGACGGGCUUCCAGUCGGACCGGAAGUUGGCAAAGGAGAUGCAGGUUUUCAGCCUGUUCUGGGUUCCGAAGGCGAUGUUUCAGCGGGUGAUAAGAGCGACCUAGACGCUGAAGCCUCGCACUGGAGAUACACGACCUACUACAAACCCGCAUGGCACGGUUACGGGGGUUGGGGAUGGGGUGGCAGGGCCGGAUAUGGAUGGGGUGGUGGUGGUUGGGGCGGCGGUGGUUGGGGCGGAAGAGGAAAUGGAUGGAAUUCGAACUACUGGUACUAGACUUCCGGUGGAACAAAAGGCCUUCCACAACGUUGACGCAAUAUCAUGUACAUAGCAACAGCUGUACACACAUUUUACCCUAUAAAGUUAUCACCCGACAUUUGUAGUAACUGCAAAAAAAAUAUUUCACACUUCUCUGAUAUAGGAUAUAGAUAAUAAAUAACUUCGUAUUGUCAUUUGUAA